CACACACACACACACGUCGCGAAGUGGAAUUUGGCGCAGCGUCGUUAAUGAAAAUGUGUGUCGAUUUGCGUGUAUGUAGCGUUCACGAGAAAAGGGUUGUGCUACACGUUCGAAGAAAAUGCGCUUUAAGUGCUCUUCGCCCUACAUCGUCGUCCCGCGCGAUUGCUCUGCGAAUUGCGUCGUCGUCAGGAAGAUGCGCGCACGAACUCAUAGACGCGUCCUUUUGUCGACGCGGACGUUCUAUUCCGGUCGCUUCCUCCGGCCGCGUUAUCGCUCGUGUUUGCGUCGCGGACACGAACUUUUAAUUCCCGAUCGAUCCGCUGCGCCCCCGCCGAGGGGGAAUCACGGCUGAAAGAGAGGCGCGCGAGAGGCGCGGGAGACUCUUCAGCGUUUACGACGAUGAAGACACAAAGAGAAAGAAAAAAAAAAAAAAAAAAGAAAGCCAAGAAUCGGGAGAGAGCUUCUAUUUUUCUAUGUUCCGAAAGCGGACGAAGUAUAUGUAUAUUUUUUCACGCCUGUACUUUGCUCAAUAGAAAAUUCCGACCGAGAUCUUUCGAUAAAUUUUGUUACGACUUUGUUGCGCGAUAAAUAUCAAACUAUGACUAGUUUAACUUGAAAGUAUUAAAAAAAAAAAAAAAAAAAAAAAAAUUGAUUAGAGAAAUUGAUGGUGCGCGCCAAGAAAGACCAAGUUCUCAGCGAGACGCCUACCAAUAGAUCAAAGAAAAUAAACAAUAUAUUUAUAGCUACGCAAAACGGGAGUAACAUAUUGAUUACCUACGGUCGGAAAGGUAAUAAUCGGUUCGAAUAUAGAGUUAGCUAGGAUAGAGUCGGCCUAGAGACUUAGGAUUUGCGGGUGCGCGCGCAAUAAACCAAAAAACUACGUUUCGCCGUUGAUUCAUUCGUCGAUGGAAGAGAUCGCGAAAAGGCGCGAGGGCGCGCCUGCUGCGCGUCGAAGAUCUACGCGCUGAAGAUCCAUCACGUGGUCUCAUCCGGAAGAUGAGGCCCGCCCACACACAGCCUCGCGUUGCUGCGGCGCAUCGAUCGCUAAAAUGCACUUCGACGUGCUGCGACGACGAGUCGGACACACUUCCGGCCGUCGACAAAAGGCCAAGGUCGCCUAACGGCGCGUGCAUUCACGGCAAUGCCCCGGCCGCUAUCUCUCUCGCCGGCGAAUAGGACGCAGACAGGGUCAGGAUUGGAGAUAGACAAGAUGGACCAGCAGUACUGUCUACGUUGGAACAACCAUCCAUCCAACCUUACUGAUGUUUUGAGCUCACUGCUUGCAAGAGAAGCACUAUGCGAUGUUACUUUGGCCUGUGUCGGAGACACCUUCAAGGCGCAUCAGACUAUACUCUCGGCUUGCAGUCCUUAUUUCGAGCAUAUUUUCCUACAAAACACCCAUCCUCAUCCAAUCAUAUUCCUAAAGGAUGUCAAUGACGCUGAGAUGCAGGCGCUGCUGCAUUUCAUGUAUAAAGGCGAAGUCAAUGUCAGUCAGCACUUACUCCCGAUGUUCCUCAAAACUGCUGAGGCGCUGCAAAUCAGGGGCCUCACUGAUAAUAACACUGUAAAUCACAAGACACAGGAAAAAAGUCCAUCACCAGAGCCAGAAAUGCAAACUGGAAUCAGGGAUUCGCCUAAUCUCCAAUCACAAUCUGAGAAAAAGAAGCGUAGACGUUCAGGCAGCUAUGAUGUUCCUCUUUCUACUCCAUCUAAUGAAAGAUACUUAUCCCCUCCCCAGACAUCCCCUCAGUGCAGUUAUAAGUCAAGUCCUCCUAUGAUUACGAAACCGAAUAAUGCCAUGGGAGCUGAAAUGGAAGAUGGUGGUCAACCUAUAUCACCUGCAGCUCAACCGCAACCUGUUCUAAAACAGGAGGUGGAUCAUCAUUUGUCCAACUUUCAUGACAAUAUGCCCCUCUUUGCUCAUCCUGUCGGACAGAUGGGCGAAGAGGGAGGGGCGACGGCUGGAGCUCUUGCUGACGGUAUUCAGGCUAUGGAAUCAUCGGACUCUCACCACCCGGAACUACUCGACGGACAUGAUGGUUCAUCGAAUCAAUCCCCCUUCAAUUAUCACAACAUGUUCGCCGUAGCGCUUAACAGCCCGGCGAUGUGGAAAUGCCUCGCCUGCGGAAAGCAGGUGACCAAUCGUUGGCAUCACUUCCACAUACACACCGCGCAGCGCUCGCUGUGCCCGUAUUGCCCGGCCACCUACAGCAGGAUCGACACUCUGCGCUCGCACAUACGCACCAAGCACAGGGAGAUGCUUUUCGAGUCCCCGGCGCCCGUGACACUCGGCAAGAGAUCCUUGUAGAGGAUGGCAAGUGUCUCGCGGAGAAGACUCGCGGAGCAAAUGCGACCGCCGCCACCGCCGCUCCCGUUGCCGUAUCUGCUCUAUGAGCACCUGUUCGCGUCCUGCUUCGGCUACGGGUUGCCCUGGACGCCGGGAUAUCGGGGACCCAUGGGAUGAAGCUGCAAGCGCUUCCGCCGGCACUCCGCCGCGGAGAAGGAGCUCGUUUGUCUCGCCGACGCUCUUCUGAGUUGUCGCUGGAAUAGCCGCGGCGCGUACAAGAUGGAGAUUUUAAAAAUUGUACUAUUAUAGACAAAAAAAAAAAAAACAAACAAAUCGACUCGCGGAAAUCUAUCCCGGCGUCAAAAAAAAAAAAAAAAAAAAAAAAUCUAUCGAGCGUCGGCGAGACGCCACGCCCAUCUCCUCUCGAUCUCGAAGAGGAGUUUCGGUGGAAGCUGGAAGCCGAUCGGCGCGAAAUUCCAUUCUCUUGAAAAUGAAUGGGUGUAACGAUCAUUGUUGCGUCUUCGGACAAGCCGCUGUAGAGGAGAGAGGGGUGAAAGAGAGGAAGAGAGAAAGAGGGGGAGGGAAAGAGGACGAUUCUAUCGGGACACGUAUCGUUCAUCGACGGUCGUGUCGAUUGUGUGUGUUGUCCCGGUACAACCGCCUCUUGUAUAUUCUGUUACAUCGAUAUGUCUCGUGAGGCGAGUGUGUGGAAGGAGCGAGAGACGUCGCGGCCGAUUGAUUCCCUUGUCCUAUUUGUUCCUUUUGCCCGCUGCUGUCGAUCGGGCAGGGAAAUAAAUGGGACAAGCGGAUCUAUCGGCGACACGUUCCAUGCGCUGUGACGAUAUGAUGACGCAUCCGAGUGUCAGAGAAUUUUGCGAGGACAAUCGAUCGAUAGAGUAAAAACAAACAAAAAAGUUAAAAAAAACCAAAAAAAAAAAAAAAAAGAAAAAAAAAGACGGACGGAAUCACUUUCGCGAAAAACACACAGCUGUGGGGUCUCGUUCGGUUCUCUCUCUCAUCGAGGCGGAUCGCGAGAAACGGAACAAGAAUUUUGAAAUACAUUUUAUUGCUCUAAGCGCGUAUUUAAAAAAUAUUAUUACAUUGUGCGAGCGUUGUUUUCUCGCGGGGGUGAACUCGCCCCCUCCUCGAGCGCGCGAAUGUAUUGUAAAGAAAAAGAAAAAAACCGAAGAUUAGUUGACGGUACAGUUACGUACCGAGAUGUCUUUCCGAUAUGUAUUGUACAUUCUUAAAUCUUAGCGGAGAAACAUUUUAUUUUUUAAGAUCGACAUGUAUGUAUAUUGUACACACAUUUAUUUAUUUAUUUUUUAGACACUUAAAACCCGAUUUCUAAUCUUCCGCAGUAUUUUUUACACACACACACACACACACACACACCAUAUUUGAAAAUAAAUUCUUUUAAGUAAAAUCAUUCCUCGACACACACACACACACAUACAAGUUGAGCGCCACGCGUUGUGCCACCGACGGUGCGCAGACAGUUUUAUAUAGGAAACGAGCCAAUUAGCACAAUUAACGAUUAGGGAAUAGGAAGAUGAACGUUUCCUUGGUCACACACGCGGAGAGAUUAAUUACCGAAAUUGUUCUGGCGGUCCGCUUCCGAAGACGUUAACACAACGAAGUAGAAAAAAACGGAUUUCACUGUCUCGGCGAACGAGAAUACCUCGUUCCGAAGGGGCGCGCGAGAUCGACGGUCGCGCGAGAGGAGACGUUUGUCUAUACGCUUUUAAAAAAAUUGCCUUCCGCGCCGAUCGUCGACGAAAAGAUUGGUGGGAUACUUCGGAAACGGUGGCGGAGACUCUUUCUGCGCACGCGCGGCUUUUCUGUUCAUACUUCCUACGUGAAAAAAAAAAAAAGAAAAGAAAAAAGAAACGGUCUAAUUAAGUGCAGUGGAACGCGCUGAAACGCGUGCUGUGAUCUUCAGACACCGAAAAAAAUGCUCUCAAAGAUCGGGCCGUCGUCACCGUCGUCCUCCUCUCUGUGUGUGUUGUUAACCGGGAAAUCGUUUCCCGAGGUGAUAAACGGCCGUCUCGCGAGAGAGACGUUUCGCGCGCGACGUUCUUUGAGAGCGUUUCUUAUUUCGCUACGCGCGAUCAUUAAAUAACGACCAUUUUUCUCACGAUUGA